CGGUCGCCUCUGGAAACAACCCAGUUUACAGCCCAGAAAGAUGUUCCACAGUUUCUCUCCUGCUGUGUGGUUGAUGAAACUGGUAGGCCAGCCACUUCCUCCUGGUUGCCAUGGAAACAGUUAGGCCGCCGGCCCUCAGAAAACGGAAAAGUACAGCAUGUGCAAGACCACGCAUUCCACCCUGGCUUGCAGAUUAAACCAGCUGUCAAGCCCGGGUGAAGGAUCAGCGGCCGGGUGGAGGCAGUCAGGGCGGACAGACAAGGCACCACCGUGCAACUCUAAGAUGUAAGUUGCAAUGAAUUGGCUCCUGGAGGAGUAGCAGGAGCGCACUAGCCCACACCCAGCAGGAAUGGCCCUGCCUUCCAGACACUGCCUCCUUCUGAUCGGCGCACUGAGCAUCUUCAUACUUGACUGCUUCACCAAAGGUCAGAAGAACAGCACGCUAAUUUUCACAAAGCAGAACACCAUUCGGAACUGCAGCUGCUCUGCAGACAUCCGGGACUGUGACUACAGUUUGGCCAACCUGAUGUGCAGCUGUAAAACCGUCCUGCCUUUUGCAGUAGAGCGAAGCAGCUACAGUGGCCAUCUGACCAUCUGGUUCACGGACUCAUCAGUGCUGGGCCGCCUGUUGAACUUCACUCUGGUCCAGGACCUGAAGCUUUCUCUGUGCAGCUCCAACACCCUUCCCACCAAGUACCUGGCUAUUUGUGGGCUGAAGAGGCUUCGCAUCAGCACAGAGGCCAAGUAUCCCUUCCCGGAGCAGAGCUUACUCAUCCAUACCACUGGGGACGCCGACUCCCGAGCGCUGCCCACAUCAUUACACAAAGGCUGGCAAACGUGUAUGUAUAUUUCAUUCUUAGAUGUGGCUCUUUUCAACAGGGACUCAUCCUUAAAAUCAUACAGUAUUGAAAACAUUGCCAGCAUUGCCCAUGAAUUUCCUGACUUUUCUUACUUUAAAGCCUUCCCAAUGCCAAGCAACAAAAGCUAUGUUGUCACUGUCAUUUACUAAUGUUGUAACUGUGUCCAACAGCCAGGAGACUUGGUAACAGACGCGUCAUUUAAACAAGGAAUCUGGGAACAGGGCCAUCAGACAGGUAUCCCCACUCACGGCUCAGCCGUGGCCCCCAGCUCCCACUGGCAGCUGAGCCACGCCUACAAAUAUCCAGCUUUCUCUGCUCUACUCUACACUCAAUCUUGGGAGCUAUUUUGAAAAGGAAAGUAAAAAGAAAUCUGAAACAAAUGAUUCAGUCUGUAGCCAAGUCUUACAGAUCAGCUAGAGGCUAGAUCUUUGCAACGGGGAGCCUGGGAAGAGAUGUCAGACCAGAAGUACAAAAAGUUGGAGUCUGUAGGGUAUCUUCUUUCAGAAUACAGGUGUUCCCACUUCUCUGUGGGUGAUCUAUUACAAGGACCCCUGGUGGAUGCCUGAAAUAGCAGACAGUACCAAACUCUACACAGACAUGUUUUUCCUACACGUACCUAUGAUAAAGUUUAAUUUGUAAGUUAGGUUACAGACUAAUGACAAUCACCAAUGAUAGAACAAUUAUAGUAAUAUUUGUAAUAAAAUUAUGCAAAUGUG